CCUUCCUCGCUUAGCCCCAUGGGCUACCCCAUCCCACUGGCGCCCACCUCCCGCUCUGCGCAGGCGAGGGGCUGCGCCGCGGCGGCAGCUCCCCUCCGCUCCCCUGCCCAGCGCUGGGCCAAGGCAGGAUGCUAUAUUUGGCCUGGCGGAGUGGUGCUGGUGAAACCCGACGCUGCCGCGCUGUGCGAGGCCGACAGCUGGAGCCAAUGGGGCCGGCUUGUCUUGGCCGUCGCUGUGCUGUGAUGAGAGGGGCCGAGACCGGCAGCGGCCCCGCCACUGCCGGCAGCAGCGCACGGCAGACCGCACACAGACCCAUGGAUCCUCCAUCGCUGGUGGAAGAGGCAGACAACCCUCCAGCCCACCAUCCGGCGGAGCCACGGCGAAGCAGGAGAGAGAGCGGCAGCAUGAAGCAGGUGAACCUCCCCGAGGAGAACGGCCUCAGCGAGGCGAUGGCCACUGGCCAGCACGAUCUCACACCCGGCAGCUGCGGGAAGAAACGCCGCUGGCUUCGGCGCCUGGUCCCGGACAACUUCUGGGAGGACGCAAAGAAGCUGCUGGUGCUGGCGGGGCCGCUGAUCCUGAUCCAGCUGCUGAUCUUCCUGAUACACCUCGUCAGCUCCAUAUUCUGCGGCCACCUGGGCAAGGUUGAGCUGGCUUCCGUCACGCUGGCCAUCGCUGUUAUAAAUGUUACUGCCAUCUCUGUAGGUUAUGGUUUGUCUUCAGCAUGUGACACCUUGAUAUCGCAGACCUACGGCAGCAAGAACCUGCUGCGCGUGGGGGUGAUCCUGCAGCGUGCCACCCUCAUCCUCCUGCUCUGCUGCUUCCCCUGCUGCGCCGUCCUCAUCAAUAUCGAGCAGCUCCUGCUCCUCAUCCGCCAGGACCCCGAGGUCUCCAGGUUAACCCAGCGCUACGUGAUGGCUUUUGUCCCUGCUCUCCCGGCGGUUUUUAUGUAUAGCCUGGAGACAAAAUACCUGCAGAACCAGAUGAUCAUGUGGCCGCUGGUGCUGAGCGGGAUCAUCGGCAACGUCGUCAACGUGAUCGCAAACUGCAUCUUCCUCUACGUGUUCCACUUGGGCAUCACGGGCUCUGCCUGGGCCAACACUGUUGCUCAGUAUUCGCAAGCCAUUUUCCUGUUCCUGUAUAUCGCAGGCAAGAAACUCCACGUGAAGACCUGGGGAGGUAAGAGCAUCUUACCUCCCCAGGUAGCGUGUCCAGAGAAGGACUACAAAGCUGGCUGGUCCAGCGAGUGCCUGCUGGAGUGGGACAGCUUCACCUCCCUGGCUGUCCCCAGCAUGCUCAUGAUAUGCAUCGAGUGGUGGACCUACGAAAUCGGGAGCUUCUUGAUAGGCCUGCUGAGCGUCAUAGAGCUCUCCGCCCAGUCCAUCAUCUACGAGGUGUCCGUUGUCGCUUUCAUGAUCCCCCUGGGGCUCGGCACAGCCGCCAGUGUGCAGGUGGGGAACGCGCUGGGCGCCGGCGACGUCGAGACGGCCAAGAGAUCCUCCUCCACCAGCCUGCUCUGCACAGGGGGGUUUUGCAUAGCCAUGGGGGCCAUUUUAGUCGCCACGAAGGACAUGCUGGGAUACAUCUUCACCCCUGACAAGGAGAUUGUUGACUUGGUGGCCUGGGUCAUGCCUGUCUACGUUGUCUUCCACUUGUUUGAAGCCAUGUGUGGCGCCUGCAGCGGGGUGCUCAGAGGCAUAGGCAAGCAGAAAUUCGGUGCCAUCCUCAACGCCGUGAGCUACUAUGGUGUGGGUCUGCCCCUGGGAGCUGUGCUGCUCUUCGUGGCCAGGAUCGGCGUCAUAGGCCUGUGGCUCAGCAUGCUUGUCUCUGUCUUCAUCCUCUGCACCUGCUUCAUCGCCUACAUCUACCGCAUGGACUGGAGGAUGGCGGCCGAAGAGGCUCAGCGCCGUGCAGGAGUGACCCAGCCACCACCAGAGGAGCCGAACCCGGACCCCGAUCCCUCCUGCAAGGCGCUUCCCUCUGGUGUGGGGCCAGUCCCACUGCCCCAUACAUACCCCCCUGCCAGGACAGUGAGGGCGUGCGUAGCGGGAGUGGAUGCACAGAAGGGCGUUGUGCUCACGGGCAUCACCAGGAUGGAGGGACCAACGUACCAGCUGGAGUCCCAGGAAGCCACGUCCCCUCCAGCCACCACCACAGUCACCAAGGAGCUGAUCAUCCGGCGUGGGCUGGCAGCGGCCGCAGCCAUCGCAGUGCUCGCGCUGGGCGUCGUCAUAAAGCUGAUGACCAGCAAACACUGACUCGUGCCAGGGACCGUGGGGACUUUGCUUUGGGGACAAAAGCCCCUCUUGACGGAUGGACAUACAAAGCACAGACUGGCCAGCGAGAGAACCCAGCACACACCUCUCCCAUGGGAGCCAAACGGCCCCCAGCAGCAUUUGGUGGCAUCUGCUCAGCCACUUCUUGGGAACGGGCCCUGCGGCUGCUCUGACGCCCAAAACGCUGUUUGGGGCUGCCUGAUGCACCCCGAGUGUGCGGGUACCCCCCUCCUGCCCGCUAUCACCCACCAUCCGGAGCCGAGCACAGCCUGGCUCACACCGCUGCUCUGUGACAAGCGCCGAA